CUUUCUCUUCAUGUGUGUUGGUGACUUGGAACUCGUGGUGAGGGUGGAAGCAGCUUCAGAUAAGGAUUGAUAUAGUGAAGAAAGUGGCCAGUAAUCUCCUGACCUCCAUAGACUCUUCCUAAUGUCAAUAAAAUCAUCUACUCACACCCAAAAAUCAAGGUCCUGCUACGAAGCCACGAGUGAUAGAGUACCAGUCCUUGCAGUGAUGGCCAGGUUUUGUUACCCUGUUGGAGUGGUUCGCUCAGUGGCCAUCUCUAUCGUCUUCAUUCUGAGUGUGGUAGUGGUGGUUGUUCCUAAAGAGGAGUUUCCCUACCAGUUUUUUAAGUACACCAGAUGCACAGACCCGUGUCGGUAUCCGGGAGGCUUCAUUUUGGACCAGUGCUGUUACGUCCCAGUGUACAAAGCCUUGACAUGGGAUGAUGCAAGAAAGUACUGUAAGAAUAUCGGCGGGCCCUUAGCUGACCUAGCCUGCCCUCCCGGCGGCUACGCUCUCAGAUAUGAAUUGGACAGAAUAAAGAAACCCAUCGAUUACAAAAUGUGGAUCGGCGUGUCCACCCAACAAGCCAAAACUAUCUUCGUGACAGGCAUGCAGAUUAGCUGUUUGGCGCACUGGUAUGCACCUAAGGAAGGGGAAUGUACUUUUGUUUAUAAUGCCUAUAGCGGCAGCACCUAUUGGAGCGGGAAUUGUAGCACGAAGUUGCCCUUUGUGUGUGAAAUGCCGCUUGUGUGACUGUGCUGUGAGGUGAGGUGGUGUGUGCUGGUGUGGUGGAUAUGCUACACACACACACACACACACACACAGAGAG